UUUCACCGCGCGUAGCCGGAGCCUCCGCCGCAACGAGCCCGGGAGCCAGCCGCUCGGCGCGGCGAUCCGAACAACCGGGCGGCGGCCUGAGCCCUCCCCGCCCGGCAAGGGGGACAGGGUGCCGGGGACCCCUGGCUUUGUUACCGGAGCUGGGGCGCCACGGUUUCUCAACUCUGCUCUCCACCCCUACAGGAAACGCCCAGAACCACCCACCCAGCGCUGUGGUCUACAAAGCCCGGAGCUCCCGAAGGCGGGAGGGGCUGGGCGAGCCCGAGAGGCAGGGGGAUCCCCCGACCCAGGCUCACGCCGGAUUCCCUGAUCGGGCCGCCUCCAGCCCCAUGAGGACCCCCAGGCCGGGGCUGAGAGCCUGGCGCAGCCCGGACCGAAAUCUUGUGGCGGCCUUAGCGCGUUAGACAGGAUGCGGCUGGGCCGCCGGGCCCUGUGCGUGCUGGUCCUGCUGCUCGCCUGCGCCUCUCUGGGGCUCCUGUACGUGAGCACCCGGGACGCUCCGGGCCUCCGGGCACCUCCUGCGCUGUGGGCGCCCCUGCAGGGCCCCUCCAGACCAGAGCUGCAGGACCUUGCGCCUGAGCCCCGCUAUGCACACAUCCCGGUCAGGAUAAAGGAGCAAGUGGUGGGGCUGCUGUCUGGGAACAACUGUAGUUGUGAGGCCAGUGGAGGGAGCCUUCACUUCCCCUUCCAAAGGCAGGUCCGAGCCAUUGACCUCACCAAGGCCUUUGACCCUGAGGAGCUGAGGGCUGCCUCUGCCUCCAGGGAGCGAGAGUUCCAGGCCUUCCUCUCGAGGAGCCAGUCUGCUGCUGACCAGCUGCUCAUAGCUCCUGCCAACUCCCCUCUUCAAUACCCCCUGCAGGGUGUGGAGGUCCAGCCCCUCCGGAGCAUCUUGGUACCAGGGCUGAGCUUGCAGGCAGCUUCUGGUCAGGACCUUUACCAGGUGAACUUAACUGCCUCCUUGGGCACCUGGGACGUGGCAGGGGAAGUGACAGGAGUGACUCUCACUGGAGAGGGGCAGCCUGAUCUCACCCUCGCCAGCCCAGGGCUGGACCAACUCAACCGGCAGCUACAACUGGUCACUUACAGCAGCCGAAGUUACCAGGCAAACACAGCAGACACAGUCCGGUUCUCCACGGAGGGACAUGAGGCCGCCUUUACCAUCCGCAUAAGACACCCACCCAACCCUCGACUGUACCCACCCGCGUCUCUACCCCAGGGAGGUGAGGCCGUCCAGUACAAUAUCAGCGCCCUGGUCACCAUCGCCACUAAGACUUUCCUUCGUUACAAUCGUCUACGGGCGCUCAUCGCCAGCAUCCGCCGCUUCUACCCAACGGUCACCGUGGUCAUCGCGGACGACAGCGACAAGCCAGAGAGAAUUAGUGGCCCCCACAUCGAACACUAUCUCAUGCCUUUUGGCAAGGGCUGGUUUGCAGGCCGGAACCUGGCCGUGUCCCAAGUAACCACCAAGUACGUCCUGUGGGUGGACGACGACUUUGUCUUCACGGCAAGGACGCGGCUGGAGAGGCUUGUGGACGUGCUGGAGCGGACGCCUCUGGAUCUGGUCGGGGGCGCCGUGCGCGAGAUCUCCGGCUUCGCCACCACCUACCGGCAGCUGCUGAGCGUGGAGCCCGGCGCGCCAGGCCGCGGGAACUGCCUCCGGCAAAGGCGCGGCUUCCACCACGAGCUCGUCGGCUUUCCAGGCUGCGUGGUCACUGACGGCGUGGUCAACUUCUUCCUGGCGCGCACGGAUAAGGUGCGCGAAGUCGGCUUCGACCCGCGGCUCAGCCGCGUGGCGCAUCUGGAAUUCUUCCUCGAUGGGCUUGGUUCCCUGCGGGUGGGCUCCUGCUCAGACGUCGUUGUGGAUCAUGCAUCUAAGUUGAAGCUGCCUUGGACGUCAAGGGAUGUGGGGGCAGAGACUUAUGCCCGGUACCGUUACCCAGGAUCGCUGGACGAAAGUCAGGUGGCCAAACACCGCCUGCUCUUCUUCAAACACCGGCUGCAGUGCAUGACUGCGGAAUGAUGGUCCUUUGAGGCCUUCAAACUGUCAGGCUGGGCCUGCUUCCUUGUCCCUUCCAGGAAUUUCUAACAAACCCCAGGAAUUUCUAGCAAACUCCACCACCCGGUGACUACCCCACUGACUGUCCCUAAUCCCCUUUAGAAUCCGAUCCCAAAAAGGGGCUUGUCCUGGUGACACUCCUCCUUUCUGUGAGUGCCCAGCGAUGUGAUGGAGCCAUAACUCGUCCCACGGCCAGUGCCAAGUCCUCCCCCCAACCCUCUUCUCAUGGGGCAGGAAGUGGGGGGGGCCACUUUCCAAGUGCCAAAAAGCCCAUGGGGACUUUAAGAACCUAAAAUGGAAAUACUCUCAUCUCCUUGGGACUGAGGGGGUGGGGAAGCCCCCAAUGUGUAUUCCCAGGGCUGGGCCCCCCAUCUCUGGAUCCAGGACUCUGUGCACCAGUUCCGGCACCACCCCCACGGAGAGAACUGAUGACCCCAGAGCCGGGAUGGGGGCCAGUGAACACACAAGUGAAAGCCAUG